AUGAAGAAAGAAGAAGCUCAUCUCAAAACACCCAUUCGACCUAAACUCAGUCCCACUAACUUGACAGUCUCUUCACCAGAUAUCAAAUCAACCAUCUCUUCAUCAUCUUCAAUCACUUCCAUCUCCUCAUCAACUUCAAUUCAAUCUCAAUCAAAUCAUCAACUAAACCGAUCUCAUCCCAUCACUCUCAUCAACCAAUCAAUUUCACCACCCCAUUCAUCCAAACUAUCAAAUUCUCAAACCGAUCCCACAAACCCUUUCAACCAAACCCAACACUCAACCCCCAAACCAUCAAACCAUCAACAAGCCUCAAACCCUUCAAGUUUCCAUCACCCAAGCUCGUCUUCAAGUACAUCAUCUAAUCCAAACUUAUUCGAUCCGUUACCUAGUUUACCUUCUAGACUAAGAAAAGCUUCUCUUAAAUGGAUCCCUCCUCCUAACUUUGGUUUUAUCGAAUCUUGGUUAUACAGAUCGGGUGAACCUAAUGAAUUGAGUCAUCAGUUUUUGUUGUCUUUGAAUUUGAAAUCUUUGAUUUGGUUAGCUCCUAGACCUAUCUCUUCUUCUUUUCGAGAAUGUUUGAGUUCGACUGUCAAGUUUUAUGAUUUAGGAAUCUUACAUGCUGCUGCUAUUGAUGAAGUCACAGAUGAAGCAGUAACAGAAGCCUUACGGUUGAUCUUAAGUCCAAAACUGUAUCCAUUAAUGAUUAUGUGUGCUGGUGGAUCUCAUAGGACUGGUACGGUUAUUGGUUGUUUAAGAAAAUUACAGGGAUGGAACCUUGCUUCGAUUUUUGAAGAAUAUCGUAGGUAUGCUGGUGCACAACAUCAUAUAAUGAAUGAACAAUUUAUUGAAUUUUACGACACAAGAAGACUUACCCAAAACUUAUCACAAGAAACGAUGAAAAGUUCAAGAAAUGAAACCCAUUCAAAUGAAAAAGUGAUGAUUCGAGUCGAAAGAAAUCAUGAAGGAAUCGAUUUAGAAAGUCUUGGAUUAGGUAACCAAGUUGGAAUGGAUCAUCAGCUUUUCAAAAGGGCUACUCCGGCUGAUGAGAUGGGGUGUAGGGCUUAUACUUUGAAUUGAUUUUAGUCAUUCAUUUUUGGUUUGCAUUUUUUAUAUAUUAAGUAUUCGUUUGAUUUAUGGUUUGUUUGGUUUAUGUUUUGUUUGGUUUGUAUUUAUGGAGUUUUUUUGUUUGUUUGAUUUGCUUUUUUUUGUUUUUUCAGUUAGUUAUUAGUUAAAGUUUUUAUCUUUUCCUUAAAAAAACAUUUUUAUACAACAUUUUGCAUUAAGAAAGGAUUUUUGUUUUUCUGAAAAGAAUGAGAAACCUUUAAAUUUUGUAUUCUUAUAUAUUAAUUAUUUAACUCAUGAUUUUCUUUCACUUAAUUUACUAUUUAAUUUAAUU